AUGGCCGCGUCAAGUAGAGGCAGCAGAGCCUUUCGAGGCAUCUUCUCUUCAUCCCCCACAAUCUGCUCCAGAUGCGCAACAACACGAUUCUACUCUGCGACUGCUGCGACGGAGACAAAGGCCCCUGUCACUGAUGCUUCUCCCCCGGCGGCCUCGACUAAAACACCUUAUCCUUAUGAUAUCCGCUCUGGUCUCGUCCUUACACGGCCGCCCCUCCUGACGAGGACCCUCCACCCUUUCGAGAACGCCUACUUUUUCUACCAGAAACGUCUGGAGGAACGUCUCAACACGCCUUUUAUUACAAGCAUAUACUUCAAGCCUGAUACAGCGGCACAGCUGGAUUGGAGCCUGAAGGUCCAGGAGCGAGGCGGCACGGUGGCCAAGGAACUGGGAACGUACCACGGAAAGAGCUCCAAUGCUUGGGACGACGAGCUAAAGGUCGGCGACCAGCUGAGCUCGCAGGAGAGCGUGCUCAACAGCCUGCUCAAGGAUGCUGCUGCGCGUGUCAGUGACGAUGCGGAGGUCAUUGCGCCCGAGGAUGUCGUGCCUGUUGAACGUCCGGUGGAGAGGCUGUCUGAGGCGGAUAAGAAGAACGAUGUGAGGCGGCUGGAUCGCCAGAUGGAGAGGACGCUCUAUCUUGUUGUCAAGGGCCCGGAUGGAUGGGGUUUCCCUGCUGAUGUUCUCAAAGAUGAGAACCUCCACGAGGGCGCCAAGAGAGUAUUGGAUCAAGCCGCCGGUGUCAACAUGAACACCUGGCUUGUUGGCCGCGUCCCCGUCGCCCACCUCGUCCAGGAACCCGUCAUGGGCAAGAACGGCGAAGUCCAAAAGAAGGGCCGCAAGACUUUCUUCCUCAAGGGAAGAAUCAUGGCUGGCCAGGCUGACCUGAAGGGCAACCCAUUCGGAUACACAGACUUCAAGUGGUUGACGCGGGAGGAGCUGGAGAAGGAAUUGUCACCGGAAUACUUCCGUGGUGUCAGGAAUAUGAUGGCCGACAGGUAA